AUGAUUGAGAGCUCUUCCCGCGAUCAGCGAAAGCAAUCGACUGUUCCCAAACUUAACACAGGUGAUAGUGAAUCUGACGCGGACGACGAAAAUGAUAGAAUGCAUGCUCACCAAGAAGUCGCUACGGUUAAAUCCAACUCAAGAGUGAAACUCGGUGGCACACCUCCAGCAGUACUGCUAGAAAACGGUGCAUCCGUCAGUGAUAAUCCUGUCGAAGCGGAGAAUAAAACAGUGGAGGAGCAAGACAAACUGGCUGAUUCUGCUGAAGUGGAAUCAAAACAUACAAUCCGGUUAGUAGCGAUAGACAAGCUUCUCCGGCCUAGUCUAGUAGGAGCAUCGGCAGAGAAAACCUCCCCAUCAAAACCAUCGGCUCGAAAAACGAAGAAGAAAAACGACAGUGUUAUAGAAAUUAGCGACGAAAGCGACGAUUGUGACGGUAGCGACGAAGAGGACAAUUUGGAACAGCUAGAAGGCGAUCUAAGCGAAAUUAAAACGCGAUUUGGGUUGACGGAGAUCCGCGACCACCAAAACUUUGUAAUCCACAGCUUUGCGUGUAAUACGAGGCAGAGCCCCGUGGCUAGUCAAAAACGUAAGAUCCGCAAAACUGGAAAUAUGGGCAAGACGGACGAUCAGGAUAAAAAAGAAAUCGAAAAUACCGAGAUUGAUGUCAGUCAGAAAGAUGUUGACGAUUCCGAUGAUGCGAGAGUUGUCCAGAAUGACCAGUCUGAAGUAGGAAAGGAGACGCAAAAUGAUAGCGACUCGGAUGAACCCGUACUCCGGAACAGACAAAAAGCCAGCAACAACAUUCCAAGACAGAAAAAUAACACUAGAAAUAAACGAAAGAGGCGAGCUGUUACCGAUAGCGAGGAGGAAAACAAUGCAGAAAAAACGUCGAAUUUUAACGGCAACUCGGAUGAUAGCGAAAAAGGCAGUGAUCAGAGCGAUGAGUUUACUGCCGGUAACACUGCGAGCAGCCGCAGUCAACGAGCGGCAGAACGAUCAAAAAGAGCCACUAAUCGAACGCAAUGCAGCGAGAGUACUGCCGAGCAGGCAGAAACAGCAAACGUAAACGAUUUUCAACCACGCAAGAAGCGCACCAGAAUUAGAAAGAAUAGUUCAUCCUCUUCCGACGAUGAAGGCUCCGGUUCAAAAAGGAAACGCAAACGUGGAAAAAAGAGCAAAGCAGAGGACGAUAGUGAUGCGGACUCACCUAACAAAGGUCGCAAAAAUAUUCGCAAAUUGAUGAAGAAGAGUGAUUUGGAGGAGACUACCAAAAAUGCCGCUCAGGAGGAACGAGAGCGAAAGCAACGUAUUAUAGAGAGGCAAAAACUGUACAACCAGGUAUACGACGAGAAACCAGAAGAGGCUCGCGUGCUUGAAAAAUUGGUGCUAGAUUUCGAUGACGAAACGAAGGAACCUCUACUCGAAGUGGACAAGAAGUUAGUAAAACUAUUGAAGCCGCAUCAAGCAAAUGGCAUCAAGUUUAUGUUCGACGCGUGUUUUGAAAGUCUCGACCAGAUGAAGGAGAGCAAAGGUUCGGGAUGCAUCCUAGCGCAUUGUAUGGGUUUGGGCAAAACGCUGCAGGUAGUCACGCUUACGCACACACUUUUGUCUAAUUCGGAUACAACCGGUGUGGAGCGAGUGCUGAUCGUGUGUCCGCUCUCAACGGUGUUGAAUUGGGCGAAUGAGUUCAACAUGUGGAUGAAACACGUGAAAAAGGGCACCGAGGUAGAGGUGUACGAAAUCUCGAGGUACAAGGAUAACGUGGCACGUGCAAACAAGCUGAUGGAAUGGCACAACGAGGGUGGUGUUAUGAUACUGGGUUACGAUAUGUUCCGCAAUCUUUCAAAUCCCACCGCCAGCCGCAUACGGAAGAAGGUGCGCGAAUCGUUGCAAACAUCGCUAAUCGACCCCGGACCGGAACUUAUCGUGUGCGAUGAAGGCCACUUGUUGAAGAACGAAAAGACAUCUUUGUCGCAGAUGGUGAACAGGAUCACGACGAUGCGAAGGAUAGUCCUAACGGGCACACCGAUACAGAACAACAUGAAAGAAUAUUACUGUAUGGUGCAGUUUGUUAAGCCCAAACUGCUCGGCACCUAUACGGAGUAUAUGAAUCGGUUCGUAAACCCCAUCACGAACGGCCAGUACACUGACUCGACGCCGUACGACAUUCAACUGAUGCGUAAAAGGGCUCACGUCCUGCACAAGCUUCUGGAUGGCUGCGUUCAACGCAGGGAUUAUGCAGUAUUAGCUCCCUUCCUACCACCAAAGCUGGAGUUUGUGGUAUCAAUCAAACUUACGCCUCUACAGAGCACGCUGUACAAGCACUACAUGGAAAACUUUGCAGGCAAACGACUGAUGAACGAUCCGACGCAAAAACGAUCCUCGUUGCUGUUCACUGACUUUCAAAAUUUACAGAGAAUAUGGACGCAUCCGAGAGUAUUGCGCUACAACAGUGACCGAUACGAAAUUCAACAGCAGCGUAAGCUUCUGUUAGACAGUGAAAAUGAAUCUGUUGGGUCUAUGAAAGAUUUUAUAGAUGAUGUGUCGGAAGAAGAAGCUGAUUCAACUCCCGAAUCUUCGGGGGGAUCUGAAGACGAUGACGAUAAAAGUGCGGAUAUUAAUUCCGAUGAAUCAUCAAAAAGGAAGAAGCAAACAGGAUCAACACGCAGCACUAGAAGAAAUCCUGUUGAAGAUGAUGAUGUGAUUGUUCAGAAGCCGGAAAAUCCUACCGAAUGGUGGAUGCAAAUGUGUCCCGAAACGGAGCUGGACAACCUCGAUCACUCCGGCAAGCUCAUAGUCCUUAUGGAAAUUCUUAAGGAAUGUGAAGCAAUUGGAGACAAACUACUGGUAUUUUCACAAUCCCUUUACUCGUUGGAUGUUAUAGAGCAUUUUCUUACGCUACUGGAUGAAAACAUGCAAAAGGAUGAAGAGGACAGAAACGAACAGUUGAGCAAAUACCCCGGAUCAUGGUCGUUAGGUUUAGAUUAUUUCCGUUUGGAUGGGUCGACAUCCAUAGACAAUCGGAAUGAUGCAUGUAAAAUUUUCAAUGAUGAAAGCAACACUCGAGCGCGAUUAUUUCUCAUUUCAACGAGAGCUGGCGGUUUAGGUAUCAAUCUUGUUGCCGCAAACCGGGUUGCAAUUUUUGACGUAUCCUGGAAUCCAUCUCAUGAUAUUCAAAGCAUAUUCCGAGUGUACCGUUUCGGUCAAAACAAGCCUUGCUAUAUUUACCGAUUUAUUGCGAUGGGUACCAUGGAAGAGAAAAUCUAUGAACGUCAAGUUACAAAACAAGCUAUUUCGAAGCGUGUUAUAGACGAACAGCAAAUAGACCGGCACUACAAGGAAAACGACCUGCAGGAGCUGUACCGGUACGACGUAGAUCCGAGCGAACCGCGACCCGUGCCAAAUCUACCAAAAGACCGUCUGUUCGCCGAACUCCUGAAACGGUUCGAUACAAUUAUCUACAAAUACCACGAGCACGAUUCUUUGCUCGAGAACAAGGAAGAAGAAACGUUGAAUGAAGAGGAACGUAAGGCAGCUUGGGAAGAAUUCGAACAGGAGAAAAAUCGACCUCCAAUGCCGAAUUACGGGAAUAUCGGUCUCGGGAUGGGGAUGGGAAUGGGCGUUGGUAUGGGUGGAAGAGUGAAUAGUCCAGUUACUUCAAGCACGAUAUUCGGCUUCCGUAACGACGUGUUGUUGAAGCUUCUCAAUAUUAAGGCCCGUGAGGACAACCCCACUUUCAACGAUGCCACGAUAAACGCUAUGAUACCAUAUUUGAUGCAGCAACUUGCCCAACAAAUGAAAGACGGAGAGCUGACGAUGUAUCAAAGCUUAUGUAAUCUUUACUACAAAUUGGAAAUACCAUCUGUAAACCCCCAAUAUCCGAUGAGUGGGUAUGCGAUGCAGGGCGGAAUUGCUGGACAAAUUGCCACUCAAGGUGUCAUUGGUCAGCAGCUACCAAAAGGAAUGGGUGUUGGAGCUGACAUCUCCAACAUGAUUUACAACGUGAAUCCGAAUCAAACUGGCAUACGACCAUUAUUGCCCCCACAUGUUCCGAUGCAACAGCCAGGAAUCAGUGGAAUGCAUAAUUUUGGCCAGGUUCCGCUCUCUGGUAACGCCUCUGUUCUACCGAACAAAGGUCCAAUAACGGUAGACCCAGAAAUAGUUGAGCUUGAUUGAACUUCACGCGGUAUGCAGCAUACGCUACAGAUCUAGGACGUCUAAUAUUCAACCCGCAAGGAUUAUAAGUUUGGCACGCUAUCGACGCUAUAAUUCAAGUAUCCUACCUGUUUGUACGGCACUCCUGAUUUAGAUGAUAUUGCAGAAAAUCUUUCUGUGUUCAUGAUGAGAAUUUAACUUAUAAAAAUCUUUCGCUGUGCGUAUUGGUGAAGCUAGUUUUUAUUCAACACAUUAGAUGUUUAAAUAAAUACAUUUUGUAGUC